AUGCGACGACUUCUAUCAACCCAGUCCCUACAACCGCGGGUUAUCUUCUCCGGGAUCCAGCCCACAGGCGUCCCGCACUUAGGCAACUACGCCGGUGCACUACGGCAAUGGGUUCAGCGUCAACGCGAGGAACCUGAGUCUACUCGCCUGCUCUACUCGAUUGUCGACCUACACGCCAUCACGGUACCACAAAAUCGUACGGCUCUGAGAAAGGCGAAGAGGGAUGCUUUAGCUUCGUUACUAGCCAUUGGCAUUGACCCGAGCAGAUGCACCCUAUUCUAUCAGUCCGAUGUCUCAGCGCACUCUGAGCUCAUGUGGAUACUAUCAUGCACAGCAUCGGUGGGAUAUCUUUCUCGGAUGACGCAGUGGAAGUCCAAGCUUAGUCUGGAAGAGUCGUCUCAUAUAAGCGAUGGGCGUGUUGGAAACAAACUCAAGCUAGGCCUUUUCUCCUACCCAGUCUUACAAGCUGCCGACAUUCUCGUUCACAGGGCAACUCAUGUUCCUGUUGGCCACGAUCAGCAACAGCAUAUUGAGUUUGCACGCGAGUGCGUCACCAACUUUAAUCAUGCCUAUGGGCCCCAACUCGUCUCCCCGGAGAUCAUUAUAUCACCAGUACGCCGAGUAAUGUCACUCACGGAACCGACGUCAAAAAUGUCCAAGUCUCAUCCACUGGAACGGUCCCGCAUCUUGCUGACCGAUGAUGCGGACACAAUACAUGCGAAGAUAUCGUCUGCGUUGACAGAUUCCUUACCAGGCGUCACUUAUGAUAUUAAGACCAGGCCCGGAAUCUCGAAUCUACUGGAUAUCUACUCUAUCUUCAACGCGGAGGGCAAGACUGCGGCGCAAUUAGCCUCAGACUUCAGCGAAGCCAGCCCAAGGGAGCUGAAGGCGGCCGUUUCCGAAGCUGUUAUCAAAGGCAUGGAUGGCUUCGCGCGACGCUACAAGGAGCUUGUCGAGGACACCAAGUAUCUAGAUCAUAUCGCCGCUGAAGGGGGGAAGAAGGCACGACAUAGCGCGGAUGAGACAAUGCAUCUGGUCAGGGAAGCCAUGGGUCUCUAA